GCCAGGGGCGGGGUAUCUUCCUUCACAGGCAGCAAGUCCCAGACCUGGCGGUAUCUGUUGUCCCUGGGAGCCAUGAUCCGGGCCCGGGUUGCGCGCCUCACGCCGUUGGAGCUGCUGCUGCUGCCACUGCUGCUCGGGACGCGGCCCCACGGCAGCCCUGGCCCUCUGCAGUGCUACAGUGUGGGGCCCUCGGGAAUCCUGAACUGCUCCUGGGAAGUUCUGAGCCACCCGGAGACUCCACUUGUGCUGUAUCACCAGAGUCAGAAGUACCAUUCCAAUAGAACCCAGGAGGUGAAGGUGCCUUCCAGGCAGAACUGGGCGACCAUCCCUCGGGAACAGUUCACCAUGGGUGACACACUCCUCAUUUGGGGAACACAGGAGGGCCAACCUCUCUGGUCCCCUGUCUUUGUGAAUCUGGAAACCCAAAGAUGCCAGGAGAAGCAGUGGACCCAGCUGGAGUCACAACUGAAGACGGACAUGAUGACUCCUGUUGUGAUGCAGAACCUGGAACCUGGCACCGGCUACCAGGUGUCUGGCCGCUGCCGUGUGGACAGCGGAUAUCCAUGGGGCGAGUGGAGCCGGGACCUGUCCUUCCACACGCCAUUCCUGGCUCCUGAAGAUGUGUGGGUAUCGGGCACCGUUUGUGAGACCUCUGGCAAACCGGCAGCCCUGCUUCUCUGGAAGGACCCGGGACCCUGUGUGCAGGUGACUUACAGAGUCUGGUUUGGGGUUGGAGAUGUUGCUAUGACUCAAGAAGAGGUCCCUUGCUGCAAGUCUUCCAUCCCCACACUGAUGGAGUGGGCUGUGGUAUCCACUGUCAACACCACCAACAGGACACUUCUCACCAACCUGUCUUUGGUCUGCUUGGCUCCAGAAUUUGUCCCCCAAGACGUAGUCACCAGCAUUGACGGGGGCCCAGGGCUACUGGUGACCUGGCAACAAGGGACCAUGGAACCGUGGGAGUAUGUGGUGGACUGGGCUCGAGAUGGUGACAGCCUGGACAAUAUAAGCUGGAUCCGUCUUCCCAGUGAAAACCUCAGCACUUCGUUACCAGGAGAUUUCGAAGGAGGGGUCCCCUAUCGAAUUAGAGUGACUGCAGUGUUCCCUGGGGGGUUAGCUGCCGCACCCCCAGUUUGGGCAUUUAUUGAGGAGUUAGUACCCCUUGCUGGGCCAGCAGUUUGGCUACUCCAAGACGACCCCCCAGGGACACCUGUGGUAGCAUGGGGAGAGGUACCAAGACACAAGCUCCGAGGCUGGGCCACACACUACACCUUGUGCAUACAGGGUGGAGCCGUCCCCACUGUCUGCAUGAAUGUGAGCAGUGAUACUCAGACUGUCACUCUGCCAAGCCUUCACUGGGGUUCCUUCGAGCUGUGGGUGAUGGUGUCCACUGUUGCAGGACAGGGCCCACCGGGUCCCAGCCUUUGGCUUCACCUACCAGAUAACAAGGUCAGCUGGAAGAUUCUGCCUUGGGUCCUGUCCCUGUGGGGCUUGUUCCUGAUGGGCUGUGGCCUGAGCCUGGCCACUACCAGGUGCCUCCACCAACGACACAAGUUGUUUCCCCAGUGGAUCUGGGAGAGGGUUCCUGACCCUGCCAACAGCAAUUCUGGGCAGCCUUACAUAAAGGAGGUGGACCUGCCCCAGCUGCCCAAGGACGGACCCAUCCUGGAAGUGGAGGAGGUGGAGGCUGUCACUGAGCCCCCUCCAGCCUCUGCCCCUCUUCACUCUGGGUAUGAGAAACACUUCCUACCCACACCGGAGGAGCUGGGCCUUGGGCCUCCUGCCCCUAGGUUCUAGCCCUUUCUGUUUCAGACUGGGAGCUGUGUCCCUUCUUGGAUUAGACUUUUCUUCAGUUUUUGAGAUGGGAUCUCACUACGUAGCCUUGGCUGGCCUGGAACUCACAGAGAUUCACCUGGUUCUGUCUCCCCGUAUGAACAUUAAAGACUGUGCCACCA